CUUGUUGUUGUUGUUUUUUUUGUUAAUCUAUACUAGUAUUUAAAUAAGAGGGGAAUAGAUAUGUCUAAUUUGUAUGGAGAUUAUAACCAAAAGAUCGAUUACGUAUUCAAAGUGGUGUUGAUCGGUGAUUCCGCGGUUGGCAAAACUCAGCUGCUUGCUAGGUUUGCUAGGAAUGAGUUUAGCGUCGAUUCUAAAGCCACCAUCGGUGUUGAAUUCCAGACUAAAACGCUCGUCAUUGAUAACAAAACCGUCAAAGCUCAGAUUUGGGAUACCGCUGGCCAAGAAAGAUAUCGGGCGGUGACAAGCGCAUACUACCGAGGAGCAGUUGGAGCAAUGUUGGUCUAUGACAUGACAAAACGUCAAUCAUUCGAUCACAUGGCGAAAUGGCUGGAAGAAUUAAGAGGACAUGCGGACAAGAACAUAGUGAUAAUGCUAAUCGGAAACAAAUGCGAUCUCGGAAGCUUAAGAGCAGUGCCAACGGAAGACGCACAAGAGUUUGCACAAAGAGAAAACUUGUUCUUCAUGGAAACCUCAGCUCUUGAAGCUACAAAUGUCGAAACAGCAUUUUUGACAAUCUUGACAGAGAUAUACCGUAUAAUAAGCAAGAAAUCACUAACGGCUGAUGAUGAUGACGCCGAUGGUAAUUCAAGUCUCUUGAAAGGAACUAGAAUCAUCAUCCCUAGUGAGCAGGAGAGUGGGAAAAGAGGUGGAUGUUGCGGCAAAUCGUAAUUCUUUUACUAGACGAAAAG